UAAAUAGUGCGCACGCAGGCUGUGGUUGAUCAACUGAUUAGCACGUGGCCGGCUUGGUCUAGACUUUCUGGGGCGGGGGUUUAGUUCUGGUUGGUUAGCUUACAUUUUUACUUUUUUUACUUUAGUCUUUUGACACGUUUUAUGUGAUUGCGGAUGGCUUCCUGUUUGUGUGACGUCACCAUAUGUGGACCCGAGAGAGACAAACAUGUCUCCUGCUGUCCUCACACUAAUAAUGACAUCAAAGUAAGGGCUGUUCCUGCGUGGACCUCCUCCAUGGACGCUCUUGUAUCAACGGAAGGUAGCAGCCCCCUCGGCUGAGCUGCGCGGCUUCUGCCCGGCCAUGGACGAGCAGGCGGGCCCGGCCGUCCUCCUCGGCUUGCCCGGCGGAGGGAACGCCAAAGCCCCGCAGCCCGGCGACGGAGAGGCGGCCCGGGCUGAGUACAGCAUCCCGGGAAUUCUGCACUUCCUCCAGCACGAGUGGGCCCGUUUCGAGGUGGACAGGGCCCAGUGGGAUGUGGAGCGGGCCGAGUUGCAGGCUCAAGUGGCCUUCCUGCAAGGGGAGCGACGGGGCCAGGAGAACCUGAAGAAAGACCUGGUGAGACGCAUCAAGAUGCUGGAAUACGCCCUCAAGCAGGAGAGAUCCAAGCAUCACAAACUGAAGUAUGGCACAGAGUUAAAUCAAGGAGACAUCAGCGCUCCGAAUUACGACUCAGACGAGGCCAACGACAGCGACGCUCACACUCCUCCAAACAGCAGCCAUCAGCUGAGCUGGAAGCAAGGACGCCAGCUGCUCUCACAGUACCUGAAGGAGGUCGGCUAUGCAGACGCCAUCUUGGAUGUCAAGUCUCACCGCGUCAGGGCGCUCCUGGGCCUGAGUGGCGAUUUGGGAGAGUCGCUCCCCGCCCACAACAGCAACGCCCUGGUCAACGGCACAGACGCGUUGUCGCCUAAAGAGGGAGGCGUGUCCAGCAAAGCGUCCACGUCCGACUCGGCUGCCAUCUUGGAGGCGUUCAAGAUCAUAGAGAACGCCGCCGCAGAGUUCAGCGACGAAGACGAGGACGACGACAGCGAGGGGCGGGACAGAACCAUCUUGGACCUCGCCGCCGCCAUGGUCAGGAGGAAACCGUCUCCUACGCCAUCCUCGACGAUCUCAGACCUCAGCGAUGACCCUGACACAGAGGAGGCGCUCAAAGGCUUUGACUUCUUGUCCAGUCAGGACGAGAUGCUCGCACACGGAGAGUCCACCAGCGGUGAGGACGGCGGCGACUGGGACAAGGACGAGCCCCCCCCUCUGAGAGACCUGGCCUGGGACGUAGACCCGGCCCUGAUAGCCCAGCUCAAGGAGCAGUACCGGCGGGAGCGUAAGGGCAAGAAGGGGGUCAAAAGACCAAACCGCUCCAAGCUGCAGGACAUGCUGGCUAACCUACGGGAUGCUGAGGAGCUUCCCGCCAUGCAGCCCCCCAUGGCGACCCCCUCCCGGCCCGCCGUAGCUAGACUCAAUGAGCAGGAAGACGAGGUCAUGACCUUCCUGCCAUCGCCCGGAAAAGCGUUGAUGCUGGGCGGCGUGGACGAGGCGGUUUCUAACGAGCUUGGACUGGGCGAACUGGCCGGCCUGACUGUGGCCAACGAGGCCGAGUGCCUGACGUACCAACAGAUGAGCAACAGCAAAGACGCUCUGAGGAAGACGUGGAACCCCAAGUUCACGCUGCGGAGUCACUUCGAUUCGGUCCGAAGCCUGGCCUUCCAUCCCGUGGAGGCGGUCCUCAUCACCGGUUCCGAGGACAACACGCUCAAACUGUGGAACCUCCAGAAGACCACGCCUGCUAAAAAGUGUGCGUCCUUGGACGUGGAGCCCAUCUACACGUUCCGAGGUCACGCUGGGGCCGUCCUGUGCGUCACCAUGAGCUCCAAUGGCGAGCAGUGCUUCAGCGGGGGCAUGGACGGAACCAUUCAGAGCUGGAACACGCCCAACCACAACAUCGACCCCUACGACUCGUAUGAGCUGUCUGUCCUGCGCGGGACGCUGUGCGGCCACAGCGACGCCGUGUGGGGAGUGGUCUACAGCUCCGCCCACCACCGCCUCCUGUCCUGCUCGGCUGACGGGACGGUGCGCUUGUGGAAUGCGGCCGACGCCUCGCCAUGUCUCGCCGUUUUUAACGAGAGGGGAGAGCUGGGAGUGGCCACCUCUGUGGACGUGGCGAGCACGGAGCCAGCUCACAUGGUGGCGUCCUUUACCAGCGGCCAUGUUGGCGUCUUCAACAUGGAGACCCAGCAGCUGGUGGUCAAGCUGCAGUCGGCCGGAGCCGCAGACGCUGCGUGUCGAAUCAACAAAGUGCUGAGUCAUCCCACCCUGCCCGUCACCAUCACGGCGCAGGAGGACCGCCACAUCCGCUUCUUUGACAACAACACGGGUAAGUCGGUCCACUCCAUGGUGGCACACUUGGACGCCGUGACGAGUCUCGCUGUGGAUCCAAACGGACUUUACCUCAUGUCAGGAAGCCACGACUGUUCCGUCCGCUUGUGGAACAUGGAGACCAAGACGUGCAUCCAGGAGUUCACCGCCCACCGCAAGAAGUUAGACGAGUCCAUCCAUGACGUGGCGUUCCACCCGACCAAAUGCUACAUCGGCAGCGCUGGGGCGGACGCCCUCGCCAAGGUCUUCGUAUGACCCAUCUGUCUCGUGUGGACUCGGGCUGGCCCGCGUCGUAAAAAACAAACACACCGGGAAAAAUGACGCCAUGUUUGACUCGCCUGCAUGUUUUUCAUUUGUCACUAUGACGUGCCUUUUGUUAGUUGUCAUUUGUCACUUCCUGCGUUGAGGCGUCGUCAUCUCCAUUCAGAGCCGUGCACUUUGACCUCCGGAUGGCGUUCAACUCAGGAUGAGACUAACUCGACAAAAAAAAAACAAAAAAAAAACGGGUUUCUUGGUAUAAAAGCUUGCUGUAAAAUAUCUUCAUUCCCUCACUGCUUUUCAUUUUUGUUGUUAAAACGCAGCAAAGCAAGCAAAACUUGUAUAUUUAAAAAUAACGACAAAGAGUAUUUAUUAAGCACAAGUUGCUAAUGUUUAAUGCUAAUGCCGUUGUGCGUGCUUUGUGUAUUUUUGGUAAGUUACCAGUUGAGGUGUUUUUUUAAAACUUGAAAAAACGUGAACUUGUUGGGAAUCACAAAUGUUUAUUAUUAACAAUUAUUUUAUUAUUAUAACUACAUUGUACGUUGGUGUUUGAAAAAACGAGGUGCAAAAAGGUGACUCGGUUACUAUUUCAUUGCAGAAAACAAGGAUGUAGCACUUUUACUCUGCACAUACUUUAUUUCUUUAUGCACUCUGUAAAACUUGAAAUAUUAGAUUAGAAUAUGUGUUUUGUUUUUGCUCUCUUUAUUUGUUUACUUCUAGAAAUGAUUAAUAUUGUCCAUAAAUGUGUACAAUGAAUAUGAUAGUCUAUUGAAGCUUAGCUAACAUGUACAUACGAUUGCUUUUACAAUUAAAAAAACAUUGCGUUAACCUUGAUACACUAUUUGAUUCCAUUUUUUAGAGCAACCUUGAAAGUGUAUAUUGUGUGUUGAUGAUACUACUUAUUACAAAUAU